GCCGAGCUGCUUGCAUUUCCCACCAUGGCCUGGGCCCCGCUCUUUCUCAUGCCAGUCCUAUACUUCUCAGGUUGUCUUGCCCAGUACGUGAUGACUCAGCCACCUUCAGUGUCCAUCUCUUCAGGGGAAACUGCCAAACUCACCUGCACAGGAAGAAAUGUUGCUAGCCAUGGUGUGCAGUGGUUUCAACAGAAGCCUGGCAGUGUCCCUGUCCAGAUUAUAUACGAAAAUAGCAAAAGACCCUCUGGCAUCGCUGACCGGUUCUCUGGCUCCAAAUCAGAGAGCACGGCCACAUUGACCAUCACUGACAUCCAAGCCCAGGACGAGGCUGACUAUUACUGCCAGGCAUGGGAUAGUGACAGCAAUGCUCGACACGGUGACACUGGGCAAUGGGGAAGUUCCCUUGCCCAGUACGUGAACAUGAUGACAUAG